AUGUUUAUACAUAUGGACCAAUCAAUUAAACUGAAUCACUGUUGUUCUCCGUCAUCGAUGCAAAACAAGCUAAUCAAUGGAGUUCAAAUGAAAGCAAAUCGUAUAGUAGAUUGUGAUUAUUGUCAUUUACCUUGUAUCACUCAAAAACAUAAUAAAUCUCACAUCGCUUCACUAAAUUCUACCAAAGAACCAUGUUCAAUAAGAAAUUCAAUUUAUGUACCUGAAAAUCGACAAACUAAUAUGGGAUCAUUUUGUCGACAAAUAACCUCGUCCAUUAUUCCUCCUUCAGACCCGAUUUUAUCUUAUUGUAAACCAACAGAUUUAAAUUUGACUUCAAAUAAUAAUUAUAUUGCAUCAAUGCCAUCGAUUUUUCAACCGUUACCUUUUUUACUACAAUCGACUUCGUCUUCAGUGAUACCAGUUUCAUCGUCAUCAACCUUAUCGUCCAGUUUAUCAUCUUUUCAUAGUCCAUAUAAUUUACCAUCGUCUGUUUAUCCGUCCGUACCAUUUUCUAACCAUCUAUGUCCUUCAUACUGUUCUUUCUCAUCUCAUAGUUUAAAACCUAUUCCAAGCGUUAAACCUUAUUUAUCCUCUAAUCAUACGUAUUUAGAAUCAUCUAGAUUAUACUGGAUAAUGUCAAUAGUAAAUCAUUUAAUCAAACGACUACAUUCAAUGCCCCCAGUACGACAAUAA